UGCUGGGAAAACAAAUGUCCGAUGAGCACGUGAAGGCAGCACUCAGCUGGUCGUUUCGGAGCGGACAGCAGAGCACGACACUGACAACUGACAGCAAAUAUACUGCAUCUCAGCAUGGAGAGCCCUACUGCCGCAGUGCGUGCUGAGGCAGCAGACCCCUCAGCACCCACCUUCUCCCAGGUGGUGUUCACUGACAUCCCUCAGUCAUACCCACCAUCCAGCAACAUCACCUGCAACUACAGCCUCACUGCUGCCUUCCAGCCCAACCCCAGGGACUGGGUGGGCAUUUUUAAGGUGGGGUGGAGCACAACGAAAGAUUAUCAUACCUUUGUGUGGGUGGAGCCAUGUCUGGACGUAGUUGGGGAACAGACAAUGACGAGGCAUGCUUUUUUCAAGGAUUACUACCUGCCUAAAGACGAGAUCGAGUUCUACCAGUUCUGCUACGUCGACAGCACCGGGCAGGUGCGAGGAGCCAGCACUCCUUUCUGUUUCAAAAGUCCAUCAGAGCAGAGCCUGGAGAGCAGCCCGGAGGACGACCUCCUGGUUAUCACGACGCAGGAUCAAGUCGAGCAGAGCGUACGUGAGAAAGCUGAAAUGCAGAAAGAGCUGGAUCACAUAAGAGCUGAAAACAAAACCUUAAGGAGUGCUCUGCAGAGGGAGCAGCAGCAAGCUGCCAGCUUACAGGGGCAGAAUGAGCAGAAAGAGAAAGAAAAAGAUGAACUGGUCAGUGAACUGCUUCAUACCCAGCAGCAGGUUGAAACCCUGAGAAGCUCUUUGCAGCAGCAGCUGAAGGAAAAUGACCGCUUGAAGGAGGAGAUGGCGAUCCAGAUGACGAAGCAGAUGGAAAUACAGCAGAGUAGCAUCACUGAGAAGAGGGAACGGAGCUCAUCGAGAACAUGUGAGGAGAAAUACGAUCGAGCUGUUCAGAAGAUCAACCAGCUGAAAGAGGAGCGCGACAAGCUGAAGGAGAGGGUUGAGGCCCAGAGUGAGGAGAUCUCCAGGCUGAAUGCAAAAGUCAGAGAAGGCGAACGGGAGCUGUUCAGAGCAAAAGACAGCAUCCAGCUCAUCGAGGUCGACCUUCAGAGCAGCACGAAAGAGAAGGAGCGGCUCGCUGCAGAGCUGCAAAGGCUGCAGAGCCACGCCAACAGCAUGGACAAAAUGCAGAGAGAGAACCAGGACUUACACAGGAGGCUUUCAGUGCAGGAGACACAGCAGAACCCCCUCAGAUGACCUAAAGGUCAGUGUCAGACUCUUACCAGACAGCUACAGGAGAUUCAGGCCAAGCUGGCAGCUGAAAACGAGGAGACCAGAAAUGCUAAGACACGUAAUGAGUAUUUGCGUACUGAGAUGGAACAAAUGCGUGAGCAGCUGGAGAAUGUGUCCAAAGCGCUUGAUGCAGAAAGACAGAAAAGCAGCAAAUUUGAGCUGCAAAUCACCGACGUUAAUGAAAUGCUGGCAGAUAAGAACAUCAUCAUAGAUGAUAGCAACAGAGCCAUAGGCCUGAAGGACAAAGAGAUCAGACUCCUGACACAAGAGAACGAGGAGCUUGCUCAAGAAAACCGGACUCUCAAAGGUGACAUUCAGGAACUGCGCAGAAUUUAUACAGAGGUUCCCACAACUCCCCCGGCCUCUGUGUACCUGCAGCCUGACGACACCGCACCACCUGCUGACACGUCAGCCUCCCAGCACCUGCAGGAGCACCUUUAUGAAACCAUAGAACCAGAGGACGAGGGGUCACUGGUGUGUCGUCACUGCCGCGAGAGGUUCCCCGGCAUCACCCCAGAGGAACUGGAGCAGCACGAGCAGUGUCACCGCGUGUGCCCCUUCUGCUCGAUGAUCUGCGACAGGAUGGACCAGUCCACGUUUGAAGAUCACGUCUACAGCCAUUAGGAGAGAGCGCGGCACCACUGUGGUUUGAAUAAGUCUUAAAAAAUGGGUGGUCAUUCAUUUGAUGUAAAUCACAUCCUCAUCGUGUUAUUUCCGAAGCAUCUUGGCUUCAAGUGCCCAACAUGUCAGGCUUCAGACACCAGAAACCUGCCUGUGUUCCAUAAUCCUUCACAGUGGACAUCACGCUCUUGUUACUGCAUUUUAAAAAGAGCUCAUUGUUUGGAAAUGUCUGCAAAGAUAUAAAAGCUCUGGGCUAAAAGCAGCAGGUGGCACAAGCACAACUUCACUGCUUACAUUUUUCUUUGUGGUAUUAAAUCACUGGCAAAAAGUUCACGACACACAAUGCAUGCACAGAUAUUUAGAUCUGCCUUCUGCUGUGAGUAUUAACAAGGGAGGCGUCAGCCGACCGCAGCCAACGCCUCAUUUAACCUACUUAGGACCUCUGAAUGCAAGCUGAAAAUUAGUACACACACACACACGUUAUAAACACACACUGGUGGUCGUCAUUUUUACAUUAAGGUACUUUAAAUUUAUCAGGUUAGGGAUUAAAUACAAAACAUUAUGAGUAUGGGGAAUAUUUAGACACCCAAAACACGACUGUUUGAAGCCCUUCCACAUACACAGAUUUAACUUCAAGUGACUGGAGGUGACGUGUGUUGAUUAUGUUUAAUGGUAAAAAUGUUUUCUACCGCUUUUUUUUUUUUCUUCUUCUCGGAUGUGGUGAGGAAAAUGGAAGCUGUGUGGGAAUGUUUGGAAGUUCUGAAUUUUAUAGGCUUUUCCUAAGCACUGCAUUGUGAUGCUUCACUGCUAAAGCAGCCUUGAGGCAGAGAUCCCCUCUGAGGUUUAAGUCAUCAUUGAUCACCCUAAACUUUUGCAAUCGCAAUAUCUUACGCUAUUAAGUCUCAGCAAUCAGGGCAGAAUAUCAGUCUUUGAUAAGGAGGAAGUAUAGUUGAUUUAAAAAAAACUUAUUUUUUGUCUCAGCUCACAGGGAAAAAAAUGUUUCUGCAGUUUUUCUUCUUUCCAUCAUGAGCAUGAGAUGAGAUAUAAUCUGAAACUUUGUAGUCUAAAAUCCCAUCUCUGCAAAAUAUUAGUAAGCUGAGUUUUAAUGUGAGAAAGCGCCAGACUAGAGUUUUUGUUUUUUUUUAUUUUAAUUUUAAGUCAAUGGCAUUUGUGACACUUUUGAAUAUAGCUAAAAGUGUGUGGACUUUCAUAAAUGAUCCUUGAAGUCGACAAAUGCAGCAUUUUAGAUCUGAGAAUAUUUGAAUGUAAUAUUAACCAGUUAUUAAUUCUUUGCACUUCUCUCUAAAAGGAACUUGUGAUCAGCUAUAACCACAUCAUAUAUUUAACCAGGUUUUUUCUGAUUAUUUGAACAUGUUUUCUGGUUGGUAACACAGUGGAUUUAUAUAAAAGUAAAUAAAUCAUACCAAGUAAAUAAAUGUAAGUGCAUUUUAUUGCAGAAUAAUAAAAAAAAAAGGCAACAAAACUGAGAA